UGAGGACUGAAUAUUAAGACUGCUUCCUGCAACAAGCCCCGUGAUAUCUGCAUGUCUAAUAGAUGAAUGGUGCUCUGGUAGCUUAAAUAUUUUACUCCAAUCUUUAGCUCAUCUAGUCUUACUCCGGCAGUAGUGUAUUAGUGUAUAUAUCACCUAUAUUUUUUAAUAUCUUUAAGUUACGAUAGUUUAUCAAGAUUGAGGAGAAGAACAUAUUCAAGGAAGAUGAUUUCUUGAAGAUGCUUGAGCUGAUUCGUGCUGAUAACGUGUUGUGAAAUGAAGAAGAUGAAGACUAAAUAAAGAGAUAGAUAUAUUGAUAAAAAACUCUAAAUAACUUCUUCUUAAUAAUCUCUGAAAUUUUCUGAGUUUCUGAAUUGCUUGAAUUACAUUUACAAAGGAUUCAUCACCCUAUUUAUACUAGUAGACUAGGAGAUGAAUCAUCAAAGAAUGAUUCUACAUAAUCUGUUGGCAACACUAAACCUAGCCAUCUGUCUAUUACAAGGAUUGAACUUGGAUUAGUGUGACAAGAAUGGACAUUCACACAUGUCAUUUUGAUGAUUUUACAACAUAUUUAAAUUUCUUUGUGAUUACUAUAAUGUCGCUGUCUUUCUCACGUAAAAUUUGAUUUCUCCCAUUCUUUUAUUGGUCGAUGGCCAAAACUGAUUCUUGUCUUUCAAAUUUGGCAUCUUCCAGGCAUAGUUCUUUGUCAGUUUUUCGAUUUCUGAUUUCCUUCGUUGGAUUUAUGGAUCGCUGGACUGGAAUUCUGAAGGUGCCAUUGUACACAAGCAGCAUCAAAACGUACUACCGGGUUGCGGCGUCCCUCCGCCUAUCUCCUUCUCCCAACACGUUUGCUGUACCUGCUGCAAAUGCUAUAUUUUUCAGUGGAGAUCGAGUUGAAGGGAGUGGGAAUCCUGUAGUUGAGAGGCUGUCGGAUUUGCGGAGAGUUGCUGAAAUUUUGAUUUCUAAAUUUGGGGAUACUACCAAUGCUUGGGUGGUCGAACCGCCCAUAUUCAAUGGCCCUUUCGGUGUUUACAAGAACUUCAUCCCUUCAAUUAAUGAUUCUGGAGAGCCAAAAGUUUAUGAGGCAAAGGAGUUCCCAGCAUCUUCAUCUAUUGUCUUGCUCUUGUGGAAUUGCCUGAAAUAAGCAGAAGACUACAUGUUUGCCCCAUCUCCAAAAACAUGUUUACUUGAAAACGCCUUAUAAAAACGAACUGCAAAUUCCAAAGCUCCAAAUCUUGAACUGUUUGUGAUUAGCUAUUUCUUUUUCCUUUAGAUUAUCCUUUUUCAAGAAUAUUCCUGCAUAAAGUAUAUAUUUUUCAAAAUCUGAUGUAACCUUUUAUGAGUUAUUGCCAUCAAUAGCAGACUCUCCUAUCGUUUUUGUUCAACA